AUGCAUCUCAGUAGUAUUUUUCUUCUCUUUUGCGUAUCGAUUAGUGCAGUUUCACCAUAUUUUUGGGAUAAUUUAAAAUGGCCACCAUGGAAAUCUUCAGAUUUUACAAGUACAAAUGGAACAUGUUCUUAUUUUGUACAACAUCCUGAUCGAGCUGAAAUUGCAAUUGAUAAGAUCAAUAAAACAUUACAUAUAACAAAUGAAAUGGCACAAAUUUUUGCAUCGACUAUAAAUUAUUUAAAUAUACCUGAUAAUCAAGAGAAAUUAACGAAUAGUACAAGUACAUGUUCAACAUUUUUCAAUGAAGUUAAAGAUGGUCUUGUAGCCGAUAUGAAAAAUAAUAAUUCUACUUUACAAAAUGCUGAAAAUAAAGCAGAAGAAAUAUUUAACAAUUUUCAGGAUAUUUUUAAAAAUUUAUUUCAUUGA